AUGAUGUCUACCUGUAGCCUUACUCGACGGUUUUUGUUUCAUUAUGCCAAUGAACAUUUGGAUUUUAGAUUACCUGAGCUGAAGUCUGUUGUUGAACUGCUUGGUACCAAAAUCAGCAUAAAAAAUGAAACAAAUGAACAAAAGAACCCAUUUUUAGUUGUUGAACUCCCUUCAGAGGAGACGGUCAAACAAAUACUCAAUCGAACAAUGUUAAUUCGGUCAGCUUAUGAAUUGUGGGCAGAAUCCACAACUUUUGAUGAACUUCAUAAAAAUCUUGCCAAUCUGCCCAAAAAACUCACUGAUCCUUAUACAUCAGAAAAUUCCACAUUUAAGAUAGUAGUGGAAGCAUUUAAUAAAAAAAUUCCCCCAAAGCAGAAGAUAAAAAGAAUUGAGGAUCUUCCUUGGGUGGAAAUGGGUUUAAAAGGCAAAAUCAAGUUAAAGGAUCCUGACCAUAGUUUUCAUCUUUUUGAAUAUUACCAAUAUGAAGAAGGAAUGCAUUCUGCUGAAGAACUUGAGUGUCUCUACUUUGGACGUUUGAUUGCUGACGGCCAAAGAGAUCAAAUUCGACAUUACCGAUUACAAAACAGAUGUUUCAUUGGUAAUACAAGUAUGGAUGCUGGUCUUUCAUUUAUCAUGGCUAACAUGGGCCAUACAAGCAAAAAUAAGGUCGUGUUUGAUCCUUUUGUUGGGACAGGCAGUUUGCUGGUUGCUUGCGCCCAUUUUGAUGCCUAUGUGAUGGGAGCAGAUCUUGAUUAUCUUCUUCUCCAUGGUAAAGCUCGUCCGUCUCGUCAUAAUCAGAAAGAGAGAGAGUCAAAUGAAAGCAUCCAUUCUAAUUUAAUUCAAUAUGGUCUUGGUCAUCUUUAUCUAGAUGCUCUGGUUGCAGAUUCUUCAAAACAUGGAAUGUGGCAGAGGAAAGAAAUUUUUGAUGCUAUCAUCACUGACCCACCUUAUGGAAUACGAGAACCUGCAAAAAAGAUUGCAGCUCAUAACAAGAAAUCUAACUCACCGGAAAGAGUGUUUCAUAUUGCUGAAAAAACCCAGUACCGAUUAACUGAUAUCUUUAAAGAUCUUCUGAAUUUUGCUGCUAAAUAUCUCACCAUGAAUGGACGUCUUGUCUAUUGGUUCCCGGUGUGUCGAUCUGAUUACAAAGAGGAGAAUAUUCCUGUUCAUCCAUGUCUGAAAUUAAUUGCUAAUUCUGAACAACCAUUAUCAACACGUGUCAGUCGAAGGCUGAUAACCAUGGAGAAAGUAAAAUCUUAUAAAGUUAAUGAUGAUGGUUGUCCAUUGUACUCUGCCUCCAUCCCAGUUGACCAUUAUGCUGAUGCAAGCUUUCGAGAGAAAUAUUUUGAAUUGAAUCAAGAAAAUAGCACAGUGCCUUUAUUCAUACUUAUAUUUUUCAUUCGUUCGGGUUCAGUUCAGGGGUGGGGUGGGCUGUUAAAUAUUAACCAGCAACUUUUCAUUGCUAGGAAAAAGGAAAAGAGAAGAGUUGAAGUUUAUUGGUUUGCAAUGGAUAAUAUCAACCCUCAAAGUCCACCUCGAGCUCAGGAACAAUCUCCUCCCAAAACAGGCGGAAGUGGUGGUGGUGGUGGUGGUGGUAAGAAGAAAGAACGACGGAAGAGUGGUAGAAAGUCUGAAACUUUGGAUGACAUUUCUGUUUCUCCAAACUCUAAUUCACCUCAGGGUCAAAAAGAAACAAGCGUCAUUGGUGAUAUAAAACCUGAAAAGAAAGACGACCAGUCUCAUAGUAGGCAAGAGUCACAUGUAUUACAGGAUAAAUCAAAUGUUGAACCACUGAGCAUGAAGCCAUCAGAAGAUCAAACGGAAGAUAAAAUUCAGAAAUCUAAAGAAAUACAGAAACAAGUACAAAAAACCACAAAAGAUAAAGAAGGGAAUCUGCAAAGUGAUCCACCAAAGAGUAAAAAGGAAUUAGCAGCAGAAAGACGUAAGAAACAGGAAGCUCAGAGAGCUGCCAAACAAGAAAGACAACGAAAAUCCCAAGGAGGAGAUGCAAGACCUGCCAAAACUACUGAUGCUGUAGAUGCUGAUACAAAGAAGAAAAAGAAGAAAGAAGAUUCUCCAAAUGUAGCAAGUGAUGAAAAAGAAAAAGACAGUAAAGAAACUUCAGAAAUUAGUGAGAAAGAAAUUUUAGAAACUAUGACUCCAGAUGUUGAAUUAUUCAGCCACCUGAAACUUAAUUUAACUUAUGCCCCUCUUAUUAAAUUUAUUCCAAUUUUAAAAUUUUCCCAUCCAGACACUGUGAAAUUUGGCUUGCAAUGUUCUCUUGGCCUUAUUCGGGGAUCGAAUGCUCGUUGUGUUGGUUUGUUAACCAUUUUGGAAAGGUUGAUUAAGGAUUACAUCACCCCAUCAGAUAAAGACCUGUGCAGAGAUUUUAGUGAGCUGCUUCAUGAAGAACUGCAAAAACUUACUUUCAAAAUUUGUUUAGGUUUUUUAGAUAAAUGCCGUCUCUCAGUCAGUAUGGAGAAUGCUUUCCGACAUCUGAGAUGGCAUGUUACCAAUGUCGAACCAAAUGCUCCAGAGCCAGAGGCUAAAGAACAGCUGCUACAAGUAAUCAGUAACUAUAUUACGGAGAAAAUAAAUAAAGCAGAUGAAGCCAUUUGUCUGAAAGCCCUGGAAAAAAUAGAAGAUGGUGAUGUCAUUGCCAUAUUUUCAGCGUCAUCAAUAGUUCUACAAAUUCUUGUGAAAGCCAAACAAUCUGGAAAAGAAUUUAGUGUUAUUGUGGUUGAUUCUAGGCCUCAAAUGGAAGGGCAAAAGAUGCUGCUUAACUUAGUCAAUGAAAAUAUAAACUGUACUUAUGUGUUGAUAAGUGCUAUCUCUUAUACAAUUCAGAAGGCUACCAAAGUGUUUCUAGGAGCUCAUGGAUUUUUGUCUAAUGGUUUUGUAAUGUCUAGAGUUGGAACUUCACUACUCUGUUUGAUGGCGAAAUCUUAUAAUAUUCCUGUGUUAGUGUUUUGUGAAAGUCACAAAUUUAGUGAAAGAGUCCAGACCGAUUCUUUUGUUGUAAAUGAACUUUGUGAUCCUGAAGAACUGGUUUAUUUGAGUAAUCGACCGAACCUUCUGAACAAUUGGCAUUCAUUUAAAUCCCUUCACCUCCUGAACCUAGUCUAUGAUGUAACCCCAUCUGAAUUAGUCACUGUUGUAGUCACAGAGCUUGGUGCCAUCCCCUGUUCUUCUAUCCCAGUAGUUUUGAGGGUACAGCAAGGAUCUCAAAAUCCUUCCUCAACAACAAAAAUUUCAAAUAUUUAA